AUUCAUCCUUUGUGAAACCCAAUUUUUUUCCAACAACAACCACCACUUGCUCUACUUUUCAACGGAUUAGUCUUCAUGGCCGGUCAGAGUAACUCCCUGAGCAUUUCGCCAUGAUUUCAAGAAAGGUAGCCGUGAUUGGUGCAGGUGCUGCUGGCCUGGUUGCAUCUCGAGAAUUGCGCAGAGAAGGUCAUGAGGUGGUAAUCUUUGAACGGAGUGAUCGAGUUGGAGGAACAUGGGUAUACGAUCCAAACGUCGAUUCUGAUCCAUUGGGGUUGGACACAUCUCGAACCAUCAUCCACAGCAGUCUCUAUGAUUCUCUAAGAGUUAAUCUUCCUAGAGAAGUCAUGGGCUUUAGAGAUUACCCUUUUAUGGCACAAGUGAAGGAUGGGAGGGAUCCAAGAAGGUUUCCUCAUCACACUGAGGUCUUACAUUAUUUAGAAGACUUUGCUAAUCAUUUUGAACUCGUUGAGUUGAUUCGGUUUGAAGCUGAGGUGAUUUAUGUUGGAUUAUUGGAUGAGGAAUUGAACAAUGGUUGGGUAGUCAAGUCUAUGAAGAAAGGUGAAGUUGGUAAUUCAUCUGUUGCCCGUGAUGUGUUUGAUGCUGUGGUUGUGUGUACUGGGCACCUCACGCAUCCAAACAUCGCAGAAAUUCCAGGUAUAGAUGCAUGGCCGGGGAAGCAACUUCACUGCCACAAUUACCGGGUUCCCGAGCCCUUCAGUGGUCAAGUUGUGCUUAUAAUCGGAAAUUCUUAUAGUGCUGAGGACAUAUCUAAAGAAAUUUCUACAGUUGCAAAAGAAGUUCACGUUGCAUCAAAAUCUACUACAGAAAGAUUUGGUUAUGAUAACAUUUGGUUUCAUUCAAUGGUUAAGCAUGCACAUGAAGAUGGAACUGUGGUUUUCUCCGAUGGAAGCUUGGUUCCUGUUGACGUUAUUGUGCAUUGCACUGGGUACAAGUACUAUUUCCCUUUUCUAGAGAUCAAUAAUACUGUGACCGUGGAUGACAAUCGUGUAGGACCUCUAUACAAGCACAUUUUUCCUCCAAUGUUGGCUCCAAGGCUUUCUUUUAUUGGGAUACCUUUCGUGGCUCUAGCUUUCCUAAUAUAUGAAUUGGGAAGCAAGUGGGUGGCUGGUGUUUUAUCUGGCCGGUUAUCACUCCCAUCUGAAGGACAGAUGAUGAAGGAUGUCGGGUCCUUUUAUUUGGAACUUGAAGCAGCAGCUGUUCCAAAACAUUACACUCAUCGGUUAGCACAAAAGCAGUUUGACCACAGUGAUUGGCUUGCUGCUGAGAUUGGGUGUCAGCCAUUGGAGGACUGGAGAAAGCAGAUGUUAAAAGAACAUGCGAAGAACUACUCUGCACGACGGGAAACCUACCGUGAUGAAUGGGAUGAUGAAUAUUUGAUCUUGCAAGCUCAAGAAGAUUUUUGCCAGUAUUUACCAGCGGAGGUUAGGAAUGGGUAGCCCUUUGAGAUAAAAUGAAAAAUCUCAGUAAUGAAAUCGGUCAUCGGAUCUCAAAAUCUCGUGACCUAAAAUAUGUCAUCCGACUAAAACUCGCUUAGGGACACAAAUUCAUCCUUGUACCCCCAUAUUUGCUAUUGAAAAUCUGUCCCACGACUCAAAAUUUGAGGCAACUCUAAACAUGCCAUACGACUCCAAAUUCGAUAACGAUAGAUUGAUCGGGAGAAUGUCAGCUGCAGACAAACAUUCAUAAAGCACCCGUACGGAUUCGGUAAAAAGGAAAUUUAAUAACCAUCAAAUGUAUAUAUUUUGAUUUGAACAAACAAGUAAUAUUAGGUGGGGCGCUCUGGAAGAUUAUAUUAGUACAACCGUUGCCACGAUGGAAAAAUCGAUCGAA